GGAGCUCCCCUCCUCUUUUGCCCCUCCUUGCCGACUGGGGAUUACAGGCUGAUAACCAGACUGGACGCAAGCAGGGCAGCUGGAGUCGGCUGGGAAACUAGAUAAUAGAUAGUACAAGAAUCUCCUCCUGCCUCCCAACUUUUUCCUUUCUUUCCUUCUCUUGCUUCAUCAUCAUCCUCGCGAUACCUUCAUCUUUCUAAACAAAACUCUUCUUCCAAACCACAUCAGUCAACAUGGUCGUCAAGGUCGGCAUCAACGGUUUCGGCCGUAUCGGUCGCAUUGUCUUCCGCAAUGCCAUUGAGCACGAUGACAUCCACAUCGUCGCUGUCAACGACCCCUUCAUUGAGCCCAAGUACGCUGCUUACAUGCUCCGCUACGACACCACCCACGGCAACUUCAAGGGCACCAUCGAGGUUGACGGUGCUGACCUCGUCGUCAACGGCAAGAAGGUCAAGUUCUACACUGAGCGCGACCCCGCUGCCAUUCCCUGGUCCGAGACCGGUGCCGACUACAUUGUCGAGUCCACUGGUGUCUUCACCACCACCGAGAAGGCCUCCGCCCACUUGAAGGGUGGUGCCAAGAAGGUCAUCAUCUCUGCCCCCUCUGCUGAUGCCCCCAUGUACGUUAUGGGUGUCAACAACGAGACCUACGAUGGCUCCGCCGACGUCAUCUCCAACGCCUCUUGCACCACCAACUGCUUGGCUCCCCUUGCCAAGGUCAUCCACGACAACUUCACCAUCGUCGAGGGUCUCAUGACCACUGUCCACUCUUACACCGCCACCCAGAAGACCGUCGAUGGUCCUUCCGCCAAGGACUGGCGCGGUGGCCGCACUGCUGCUCAGAACAUCAUUCCCAGCAGCACUGGUGCCGCCAAGGCCGUCGGCAAGGUCAUCCCCGACCUCAACGGCAAGCUCACUGGUAUGGCCAUGCGUGUCCCCACCGCCAACGUCUCCGUUGUCGAUCUUACCGCCCGCAUCGAGAAGGGUGCUACCUACGAUGAGAUCAAGGAGGUCAUCAAGAAGGCCUCUGAGGGUCCCCUCGCUGGCAUCCUUGCCUACACUGAGGAUGAGGUUGUCUCUUCCGACAUGAACGGCAACCCCGCCUCCUCCAUCUUCGAUGCCAAGGCCGGUAUCUCCCUCAACAAGAACUUCGUCAAGCUUGUCUCCUGGUACGACAACGAGUGGGGCUACUCUCGCCGUGUCCUCGACCUCAUCUCCUACAUCUCCAAGGUCGAUGCCAAGAAGGCUUAAAUCGGUUGCGUACCCGCACGGUUAUGAAGUAAUGGUCUUUUCCUAGAUAUGAAGAAAAAAAAAGGGCAAUGAUUCCAUGGGAUUGAACUCGAGCAUGUUGGAUCUCGGGCAGUCCUGCUUAAAGUAAAAUAAUAUCCGAACUCAAAUAGAUACCAAGUUCACUUCCAG